CCUCUGUAUUACUAUAAAAAAAGGGAUAAAGGAAUAUUAGCUUCUUCCAUUCCAUUAUACUUGAUGCUUAUUAUAGUAAUAUUUUACUACCUAAUAUGUUAUAAUCGAGUACGAGUAUUUCAGAAUUUGAAACUAUUUUCUAUGAGAUGAGACCUACUUUUGGUACAAAUAUAAAAAUUGAAAGAGUAUGAAACUUUAAAAGCAAAAAAAAAGUAAUAAAGGUAAUAUAUUGGCGUGUGAGGUUUGUGUUCGUGUGCGUAAGGAGGACGGCCAACCCACUUAUUCUCUUCUUUCUCUCUCUUUAAUUUCUUUCACAAAAUUGUCAUUUAUUUUUCCCGAAUAAUUUGUUAAAUGAUGAUCUGAAGAGAAAACAAAUACUCCAAAGGAUGAUGACAAUGAAAACACAGAAUUAUGAAUGUUGCAUGUGUGGUGAUUAUGGUCUCUCCAAUCAACUCUUUCGUUGCAAAGUUUGUCAUUUCAGAUCUCAACACAGGUAUUGUAGCAAUCUUUAUCCCAAAGCUGAGUCAUAUAGAGUAUGCAAUUGGUGCCUAAUUCAGAAAGAUGAUCAUCCCACUCUCACCACCACAUCAAAUUACACAAAUUCUUCCAACUCUCCUUCUGCUACUACCAAAAAGUCCAAUUCUGUUGGGAUAAUAAAGCUUGGUUUAAAGCCCAAGAGCUUGCAGCCCACAAGCCCAAUCAAGAAGCCCAAUCGAUCACCAGAAACUGGAUCCCCUUUGGGCCGGAAACGGAUCAAUAGCCCAAUUCAAAAUCAAGAUAAGUUGAGGAAGACCAAGUCUGAGGAAUUAUCAAAAAAUAAUAAUAAUAAUAAUAAUAAUAAUAAUAAUUCAGGUAGCAGCAGUAGAAAUAGUGGAGGUGGGCCCAGUGUAAUCAAACAUGUAUUUAGAAACAAGGUGAGAAGGUAUAAGCUUUUAGAUGAGGUCUCUAGUUGACAUGCACAUCAAUAUCAUACUAGUACUGUUAUUCCACCAUCUACUAGUAGUGUUUUUCUUCGUUUGGGUCCAACUUGACUUUAAUAUCAUACUAUUUUAUGUACAUGGGAUUCUUGUGAGGUUUUGAGGAUAUUUAUUUUAGGUUUUAUCUAAUUUUUUCAGAGUA